AUGUCAAGCAGCAGCUACGAGCCAGAGGAUGAUGCCCCCGAUUAUCAAAGUGAAACAGAAGAAAUAGCGAGAAUUUUUUACGAUUCUUCGGAUGCUGGUCCCUCCUCGCGUCAGCUGCAACAUCUUACACUCACAUCCUCUCCUCCCCCUUUGCAGCGAAAGAGAAAACGAGUAGAAAAAUGGGCGUGGAACAAGAGAGAAAACCAUAUACGGCGUGCGAACGCUUUACAUAUAUCAUCAUACAAGGACCUCCUCCUUGAAGUCACCGACGGAGCUACUAAGGAGCCCGAUCAUGAAGCAGUCAUCCAUAGCUCGCAAUUUGGCAUAGUCAUGUGGAGCGCAGAUGAGAAACUUGCGCUCUUUACAGCCCUUGCAAGGAAAGGUAAAGGCGCGGUGUCGGAAAUAGCCUCCGUUAUAGGCACAAAAAGCCGGAUAGAGGUUCAACAGUUUCUUAUAGAGCUUCAGCGGGCGCUACAGCAGCAGUAUAUUACGGACAAGAAUUUUCGAGGCAUAACGUUUUCAGACAUACACGCGGCAGCCGAAAUCAGCGAGGAAUGUUGUCUCGCGCUGGAGAAAGCGGCAAACGCACUCUCUGUGCAAGAAGAGCAAGCACAUAACCUAUCGGGGAGGAGAAAGUAUAAAGACAUGUGGCUUGUAGACAGUAAUGCUGCGGCAUACUUGGAAGAGAAGAUUCAAACCAAAGAUAUCAGCGAUGUCGAUGCAAGUGCGCAUCACAUGUUAGCUACAGCUCAAUUGUUCCACGUACCAAAUUGGAUCAAUCUUUCAAGAAACGUCUUUAUGAAUUUUGGAGGUCACCGUAUUGAAGAUAACUGGACCAAAAUCUGUUUUCACGAGGAGACUCCUGCAGUGACGUGUGAUAGCUUCACAGACUUCUAUACAAUCGCUGUUAGCUUGACGCGGAGAUUAGUACAGUCUUCUAUAUUCUUUGCACUUAUGAGGAUUCGUGGUAUGGAUGAACGAGGCCGGGAUCGAGACAGAGUUAUUCGGAGAGACGAUGUGCUUAGUGCAUUGGAUACACUAAAAGUGCGGCAUAAUACCCGUGAAUUCUGGAUACACGCGGCAAGACGAUGUUCGUUGGAUGUUCGCGAGUACGUGAGCAAGAGCAGCUUCAAGACCACAAUACUCUCCUACGACGAGGUUGAAAAGCGGCUAUCUGCUCCCAGCCUGGAGCUACCUGAACCACACCAAGGAGAAGAUGAAGUUCAAGAGGAGCCCUCAGAGGAGGACACCGACAUAUUACCAAAGAAUACCCCGGAAAACUACGCUGCAGAAGAAUCCUCCUCGUCAUUUGAAGGUUCCGAGAUUGACGUGUCAAUGGGAGACGUCUCAUCAUCAGGAAUAGAUGAGGAAUUGCUAUCAGAUGAGGAAGAAAUAUAUGCUUUGUCUCUUGACAAAGAAGCCAGCCGGGAAGAAGAGAAACGGUUAUGGCAGAUAUUGAAGCCGCACCCGAAAUCCGAAUCAGCCCCGCCUAAAAACGACGUAAAAAUGGAAAGCGAGGAUGAAGGGCUAUUCUCUCGCUCCAAUCCCAGAGUUAAACCAGUGACAAGAAGAAAGAUAGUUCAGGACUUUCAAAAUUGGAGGAAUGCAGUGUUACCCAUGGCUGAUUGGGAGCUACUUGGACCGGAAACACUAUCCAUUGACAAGGAGGUCAAUGAAAACCACAGUGUAAAACGGCAGAAAAUAAGCGACGAGGAGAAACCCGAAUAG